AUGAUAAGUCGUCAACCACAACGAGCGGAAAACGAUGAAACUUAUGCUUUAAGAACAAUCUUAUUAAUUGGCAGAACUGGUAGUGGAAAGUCUGCUUUGGCAAAUGUGAUAACUGGUACCGAUGAUUUUAAAGAAAGUUCAUGCUCUAUUAGCGAAACUGAAGAAUAUGAAAUUAAAGAUUAUUUAAUCAAUGGAAAAUCUUAUAGAAUAGUUGAUACAGUCGGAAUUGGUGGUACAAGAUUGACAGACCAGCAAGUUUUAAAUAAAUUAGCAGAGGCAGCUGAUCGUAUUCAAUUUGGAUUUCAUCAAAUUUUAUUUGUUGUCAAUGGGCACUUUACAGAACAUGAAAUUCAAGCCUAUGAUUUAUUGAGAGAAGUUGUUUUCGAUAAAGAUGUUGUUAAAUUCACUUCUAUUGUAAGAACAAAUUUUCCUGAUUUUGAUGAUUAUGAUAAGUAUUCGGAGGAUAUUAAUAGCAUGAUUGAAGAAAAUGAUAGUCUUUCUCACAUAGUCAAAUCAUGUAAAAAGGUUAUUUAUGUAGAUAAUCCACCAUUAAUUGGUCGUUUUAAAGAAGCGGGCAAAGCUUCUAGAGCAGAUUCGCGAGCAAUAAUAUUAAAACAUCUAACUGAACAAACAAUUGGAGAAGGCAGAAAAGGCAGCAGCAAAUAA